UCAGCAUGGUCUCAAUGGCACGUUAUGAAGACAGCAGCCUAUCUCUGUUUCUCAAACAUAUUAGAAAGAGCAGAAUAACACUGUAAUAGAACAUUUAGACUCUUAUUUAGCUCAGCAUGAAAGCAUUUAGCAUCUUCAUCUGGGUGUUCAUCACCCUGCUGCUGUUGCUGCUGCUGGAGAGUUCAUCAUGUGCUGGUGACUCAAGUGUUGUGAAUCCCUGUUGCUACUACCCUUGUCAACAUGCAGGAGUGUGUGUGCGAUUUGGUACAGACAGUUUCAAAUGUGACUGCACUCGCACUGGCUUUUAUGGAGACAACUGCACUAUUCCGGAGUUUUGGACCAGAAUUCGACUCAUGCUGAAACCCAGUCCUUCCGUGACUCACUUCAUCCUUACUCACUUCCCGUGGUUUUGGAGCCUGAUAAACAACUCUUUCCUACGAGACACCUUCAUGAGAUUAGUGUUGACAGCCAGGAGUGACCUUAUUCCAAGCCCUCCCACCUACAAUACCAAAUAUGGAUACAUUAACUGGGAGUCCUACUCUAAUAUCUCCUACUACACUCGGAUCCUUCCUCCUAUACCUGAAGACUGUCCUUUACCCAUGGGUGCUAAAGGUAAACCUGUUCUUCCUGAUGCCAAAGUCUUAGUUGAGAGGUUUUUCAAGAGACAGAAGUUUAGGCCAGAUCCUCAGGGAACCAAUUUGAUGUUUGCUUUUAUGGCUCAACACUUCACGCACCAGUUCUUCAAGACAGACCAUAAAGUUCAGGGGGGCUUCACCAAGGGUUUGGGGCAUGGUGUAGACGCAAGCAACAUCUAUGGAGAAGAUCUUGUGAGACAACAUCAACUUCGGCUUCAUAAAGAUGGAAAGCUGAAGUAUCAGCUGGUAAAUGGUGAGGUGUACCCUCCUACAGUGUCUGAGGUCCCAGUGCACAUGGUGUAUCCUGAAAACAUCCCAGCAGACAAGCGUCUGGCCAUCGGUCAGGAGGUAUUUGGCAUCCUGCCGGGUCUAACCAUGUAUGCCACCAUAUGGCUGCGGGAACAUAACAGAGUCUGUGACAUCCUAAAGGCAGAACAUCCCACCUGGGAUGAUGAGCAGCUUUUCCAGACAGCCAGACUCAUCAUUAUUGGUGAGAUCAUCAACAUUAUAAUAGAAGAGUAUGUGCAGCACCUGAGUGGCUACAUGCUGGACUUGAAGUUUGACCCAGAGCUGCUCUUCAAUACACGUUUCCAGUACAGCAAUCGAAUCGCCCUGGAGUUCUGCCACCUGUACCACUGGCACCCUCUGAUGCCCGACAGCAUUGUCAUAGAGGGAGAAGAAAUACCAUACUCUCAGUUUUUAUACAACACCUCCCUCCUGAUGCAUUACGGGGUGGAAAGGCUGGUGGAUGCAUUCUCUCGACAGAUUGCAGGACAGAUAGGAGGAGGUCACAACUCUCAUCAAGUGGUGCUUAAAGUUGCAGAAAUGGUCAUCAGAGAAUCCAGAGCUACACGUGUGCAGCCUUUCAAUGAAUAUAGGAAGAGGUUUAACCUGAAGCCUUACACGUCCUUUGGUGAAUUAACUGACAACACUGAAAUAGCCCGAGGUUUAGAAGAGCUCUAUGGUGACAUAGACGCCCUGGAGUUUUACCCAGGCAUAAUGCUUGAGAAAAUCCGUCCUAAAGCCAUUUUUGGAGAGAGCAUGGUGGAGAUGGGUGCUCCCUUUUCACUGAAAGGCCUGCUUGGAAACCCAAUCUGCUCGCCUGAAUACUGGAAGCCCAGCACCUUUGGAGGAGAAACCGGCUUUAAUAUCGUCAAGACAGCCACUCUGAAAAAACUGGUGUGUCUCAACAGCAAAUGGUGUCCAUAUGUGGACUUCCAUGUGCCGCGCAAUGAGGACGAGGCAAAACCGAGGAAACCGUCCACUGAACUUUGAAUUCCGACCUGAAUUAUUAUCCUACUCAGGCAGAGUUUUUUGGCUUUUACUGAGAAAGGAUGAUUUUAAUACUCAGUAGGUGUAACCCUGCCAGCAGUGAAUGAUGUGCCAAAAAUUUAGGGAGGUCUACCUCAUAGAAAUAAAGAUGACAAACCAUCGAAUCGGAUCUGGUGACCCAUAUAUUACUUGAUACUCAGCACCACAGUUCCUCUAAACCUUGAUUUCUUUUUUUUUUACAUGCUUUAAUUUGCAGGCUUUUGAAUAAGAUUAUAUUUUUUACAUUUUAAAAAGAAGGAA